AUUUUCUAGUUUUUCUUUUUUGGGUCUGAACCACAGGAGAACUGAGAAACAUUUGCUUGCAUUUUUAUAUUCUGACUAUUAUUAAAUAGUUGAAUCAUACAAGGAGAUAGGAUUAAUAGCAAAUUGUUAAUUAAUUUAAUUUUUAAGUGACUCACUAAAGAUGCAGGACCCCAAUGAGGAUACCGAAUGGAAUGAUGUGCUGCGUGCGAAGGGCAUCCUACCACCAAAGCAAAAAGAAGCUGAAAUCACAGAAGAGCAAAUCCAAGAGAUGGUGGACGAUGCUAUAAAACGGCGAACAGAUUUAAAUAGCGGAGAAAAUGGUUGUUCAAAGCAAAUUGAUGAAAUGACUUUGGAAGAGUUAGACGAACUAGAAGAUUCCGAGGACGAAGAAAUAUUGGAACAAUAUCGUCUUCGACGGAUAGCAGAAAUGAGGGCAUUUGCCGAGAAAGCUAAAUUUGGAACAGUGCGUGAGAUUUCCGGACAAGAUUAUGUUAGCGAGGUGACAAAAGCGGGAGAUGGCAUUUGGGUUGUGAUCCACCUCUAUGCAAAUGGUGUACCUCUUUGCGCUCUUAUUCAUCACCAUAUGCAACAGUUGGCUGCGAAAUUUCCUCAAACGAAAUUUUUACGUUCCAUUGCUAACACUUGCAUACCCAAUUUUCCUGAAAAAAACUUGCCGACAAUUUUUAUUUAUAAUGAAGGUCAGUUAAAGAAACAAUACAUCGGGCCAUUGGAAUUACGAGGCGAAAAACUUACACUUGAUGAACUGGAGUUUUUGCUGGGAAAAGCAGGUGCAAUUGCUACAGAAAUAAAAGAAGAUCCGAGGCCUCAAAUUCGUGAUAAAAUGUUAUCUGAUUUGGAAAGCCAAAAUAUUGAUUUUUACUAAUCAAGAAGUGCCAAAUAAUUGUAUAUUUAUAUGUUCAUUAAAACAUGAAUUUAUUUUCAAUAUUUGGAACGUACUGACGCUACGUAUUGACAAAAAUUCAUAUAUUUAUUUCUACAAAUAUACAUACAUAUCAUUGUAUUUUCCUACA